GUCGACACGGAUGGUGGACGCCGCCACGAGCCUCGUGCUGUCUGCCACAACUUAAAAACACCCAUUCAUCGUCAACACGCCUCGCCAACGCGGCCAUGGCCGACACGAGACAGUCGGCAUUCAUGCCGACGAUUAAAUGCUCGAUAUGUGGAAAUCAGGUCGAGAUCUCCAUGAUGGGAGAGCACGUCUGCUCUUCCACAUCCCAGGACGCUCCACCGCAGCCUCCGCUGCCAGAUUUGCUUGGCGGUGCCUUUUCAUCCUUGAAGAUGAAUGUUUUUGACAAGUUCUCGGCCAUGAAGGCAGCCCCAGUUGUCGACACGGUAGCUGCAAACGGGACCGCGCAAAGAGGUGAUGAGCUCACACCAAUCAGCACUUCCACAGGGUCACAAGCAAUAUCCCCAAAGACACCAAAUACAACAAUGGGAUCUGACUACGCCCGCGACGACUACUUUGCGCCAUCGAUCGUGGACUCGCCUCCACCGACACAGACACGCCGCCCCGGAGGUUAUGGUGGCUUUGGCGAAGCUGAGCCGAUAAACGAUGACCGGAACCUGUCCAGCAGCCCACAGAAGAGUAAUUUCAACUUGCUGACGAGGAUGAACACGAUUGCGCGAGGGCCUUUUGAGACGAGCCGGCCGUCGACAUCUCGGGGUGAGCCGAACCUGCUAGCCAAUCCUGCGGAUCAGGAGGCAAAUUCCUUUCCACGCCCUGGCACGUCCUCAUCUAGCGCCAGCGGUAAUGUGGCCGCGCCACCGAAGAUGCCGCGGAAGAACGGAUAUGGUGGAUUCGGACCUCCCUCUAGGGACAGCAAUGAAAUCGAGCAACAACCUGGAGCGAUGCAGUCAUUCGGGGCCACUCUUAGCGAACCGUCGGCCGAGCCGGCGCCGAUUGGACUGGGCAAGAGAUCUGACACAUUUCCAACCCGCCUAACGAGUAGUGAUUCUUCUCCUGCGAGAACACCAUCAGCGCCUGGCCCUCGGCCUGCUCGUCCAAGGAGACCGUCUGAAGCCCAAGACCAGCUCCACCCUACGGAUUCAUCCUGGACGAGGCGCCCCACGAUUCGAGAUACUUCUCGAGCACCUCCGCCGCGCACGAGCCUCGUGCGACCACCAACCAGAGAUGGGAGCAGUACCCCAGCGAUCAACCUGGCUGACGAGUUUGGCGUUGGCAAUCCAUUCCAUUCUCCCUCGGUCUCACAGUCAUCCAGUCAUUCCGGAUCUAGCGUUUCAUAUCGAUCGCAAGCUAGCUCGAACACGAGCCCUGCUCGCUCCACCGCGAGUUCGAGGAUGGGAUCCCGACGCCAACCUUCGGAUACCUCCCAAAUUGAAAGCCUCAUGAACGACCUGGAAAUUUCUAUGCAUAAGGAGCCAGUGGCUAAUGAACCGCCGGCACCAAAACCAUUUGCGAAACCUAUCGAGGCCCCUCGGCGUCGGGACCCUCCCAGCAAUCUUCGCCUCGAACCCUAUGCCCAGCGCGGCAUGGGCUCAUCACCACCGAUGCGCUCCCCGAAGCCGAUGCCCUUGAGCCCGUUGGACCCUGCUGUGCAAGACCCAGCUCUUAGGAGCCGACAGCCAUCCGUGGAGAAGUCACGCGGCAAUUGCAAGGCUUGCAGUCUACCCAUCACUGGAAAGUCGAUAUCUUCAGCAGAUGGCCGGCUCACAGGUCGUUACCACAAAGCAUGUUUUGUGUGCACCACCUGCAUGGAACCUUUCUCCUCAGCCACAUUCUACGUGCUCAACGACAAGCCCUAUUGCGAGCAUCACUAUCACAAGCUAAACGGCAGUCUCUGUGGCAGUUGCAAUCGCGGUAUUGAAGGCCAAUAUCUCGAGGACGAGAGCCGGAAGAAGUAUCACGUCGCUUGCUUCCGCUGUGGAGAUUGUGGUGUCGUGCUUCGGGACGGUUAUUUCGAGGUCAACGGCAGGAAUUAUUGCGAGCGUGAUGCCAGCAGACGACUACAGCCCGCUCCCCAGAUCCUAUUGCGAGAACCCUCGACACGUGCUCCUCCGAGGCAUGCUCCUACACGUUCGGCAAGCCGCGCUGCUCCUGCGCCACAGAAGCCCAUCGGACUUCCGUCAAACCCGGCUGCCAGUGUUGGCUCUUUGAACAGACCCUUUGGCCUUCCCAGUGGGCAGAGACUCGCCCCGGGUCAAGCACUAGGGCGUGGCGGACUUGGGGGUAUGCCGAGGAUGGAGAAGCGAAUGACCAGACUCGGCAUGAUGUGAGCCACGGCUUAUGAUGCCCCUCAUUCUGUCAAUGUCGACCUGAUACGCGCUACGAGCACACGACCUGCUGUUAACAACAAGCUUUGGCCUUGCUGCCACAACUAUAACUCUUCUUGGCGAUCGCGCCAAACCAGACGAUGCCCCAGACUGCGGGCAUACCAUUUUCUUUUCAAGCACAGGUGUUUUGGACUAGGGCAGGAUCAUGUGUCUUUUUAUGUUUUAUACCCCAUACCAUUGUCCUUUCUCCAUCGCCGGCUUAGGCCGUCGUUCAAUAAGCUGGCCUUGACUGGUAUUUUUGGUCUACAUUGCCCUCCAUCACUGUCUGUUU